GUGCCUUAGUAUAAAGUAUAAACCCUAGUAAUCGUUUUUCUCGGAGUUAGACAGAGAGGGUUCCCUUUCCAGUGACAGGCAAUAGCUGCAAGCAACUCAAUCUCAGAGCUUAAGCAAUGGCGGCGAAGAAGCAUGACGCCGGAGACACCAAAAAGAGAAAGCGACUCAAUACUGAAACUCACGAAGCUCCCAAGGCUUCGAAGCUCGUUGCCUCAAAGAAGCACAAACCAGACUCCGUUGCUAAAGACAACAAGAACAAGAAGACGGCUCCUCUUACCGGCCGAGAACGUCGUCUUCAUUCCAAGGAACUAGCAGAUGCUAGAAAAAAGAAGAGAAAGCGACAUUUCACUCUUGAGCAAGAGCUUGCACGUCUAUGGGAAAAGAUGAGACGUCAUGAGAUUGCUAAAGAGGACAGAGCUAAGCUAGUGACUGAAGCUUUGCAAAAGAUGAAGGGGAAGAUUCCAGAGAUUGCGGGCUCUCACAUCUCAUCUCGGAUUCUUCAGACAUGUGUCAAGCAUUGUUCACAAGCUGAAAGAGAUGCAGUAUUUGAAGAGCUUCAGCCACAUUUUCUAACUCUAGCAUAUAGUGCAUAUGCUGUUCACUUAGUGAAGAAGAUGCUCGACAACGCUUCCAAGAAACAACUAGCAGGCUUUAUCUCCACUCUCCAUGGUCAUGUUGCUCCUCUUCUUCGCCAUAUGGUUGGAUCAGUUGUUGUUGAGCAUGCUUAUGAGUUAGCAAAUGCUGCACAGAAGCAAGAACUGCUUUCGGAAUUAUACUCUACGGAACUUCGGUUGUUUAAGGAUCUAGUCUCAUUGAAAGAGAGCAGAUUAUUAGAUGUGAUGUCCAAGUUGGGUCUACAGAAAGGUUCAGUUCUGCGACAUAUGGCAUCAGUGAUUCAGCCAAUUUUAGAGAAAGGGAUAGUUGACCACUCUAUUUUACACAGAGUCUUACUUGAAUAUUUUAGCAUUGCUGAUAAGUCAUCUGUCACAGAUAUAAUCCAACAGUUAUCAAGUCCACUCAUUGUUAGAAUGAUUGGUACGAGGGAUGGAGCUAAAAUUGGAAUUCUUUGUGUAAAAUAUGGGAAUGCCAAGGAAAGGAAGAAGAUUAUCAAAGGAUUGAAGGGGCACAUAGACAAAACAGCUUAUCAUCAAUAUGGGUGCAUGGUGCUGGUUUGCAUCCUUUCAGUUGUUGACGACACCAAACUGAUAACAAAGGUUAUCAUUCGUGAGCUUCAGUCAAUUUUAAAGGAGCUUGUUCUAGAUAAGAAUGGAAGGCGUCCCUUACUCCAAUUACUACAUCCUAAUAGUUCACGUUAUUUCAGUCCUGAUGAUCUUGCUUCUCUGAAUUUAUCUAUACCUUCUCUGUCUCUCAAGGAUCAGUCAGAAGCAAGCUCUCUGACAGAAACUUCGAAGGUUUCACUUGGUGACAAGGAAUCCAAGGAUGACAUAGAGUUGGCAUUGAACGAAGUUAAUAAAGAUAAAACUUCUGUGGAUGAUUCUGACUUAGCUGAGAGUGGGAAAAAAGACCCAUUUGUCAGAAGGCAGGAGCUGUUGAUCAAGAGUGGGCUUGCAGAUAGUCUUCUUGAUAUAUGUAUUGAGAGCGUGGGAGAACUGAUUCAGUCAAAUUUUGGCAAAGAGGUCUUAUAUGAGGUUGCAACAGGGGGUUCUGAGGGCAUAAUGCACCCAGCUUUAGGUGAUAAGAUAAAUUCCCUCCACAAUGCAGUAGCUUCUCUUGCAGCAAUGCCUAAAUCAGAAGAUUCACAAGAGGAGCAUGUCCUUGAAAAUUUCCAUUCAAGUCGCACCAUUAGAAAACUGAUUUUGGAUUGCCCCAACUUUGCUUCCACCUUAUGGGAAAAAGCUUUAAAAGGGAAAAGUGAGUUAUGGGUGCAUGGCCACAGCUGUAAGGUUAUUUCUGCAUUUUUGGAAUCACCAGACCCGACUGUACAAAAACUUGUUAAAAAAGAGCUACAGCCUUUAAUUGACAAUGGAAUUCUCAAAAACCCAAAGCCUAAAGAACAAGCAAACCAAUAAUUGUCGUGUAUGGAGAAGGAAACUAUAUCUCAAAUGGACAGGUUUGCUCCACGAUAUCAGUAGCCAAGUUAUGACAUGGAGGCAGUAGCGAAGCUUCAUUUCUGAGUUAAAAGGCACAAACUAAAUUUGAUGAGAAAGCUGCUGUCGUAAUUUUGACAACCAGAAGAAACAAUGACAUUACUUGAUGUAAUGAUCUACUUUUGCAUAUUUUCAAAAUGCAGCAAUUUUGCAACACAGGGAGUGUUACCGGUCUAUUGUAACAUGUAUGCGUUUACGUUCUUAUUGUGUUCAGCUGUUUAAUUUGAUUUUUCAAGCUAUGUUGGCCGUUAUUUUUAAUUAAUCAAUGCAUUUUUUACUCUUGGAGAUUCUAAA